AUGACUAAAAUGUUUGAGGAGAGCGAUCAUACUGAAUACACUAAUGAAGUUGAAAAUACUAGUCUAUUAACUUCUUUUGAGGAAGUUACAAGCUCCAAUUUGUUCAGUACCAAGCCAAUACAUUCAAAAGAUUUGUAUGCUGCUAUUCAAAAGUUUCAGCUGACUACUAAAACUUUAGAAAAUGAUGUGAUAUUGAUGUCCAAUUGGCUAGAUAGCCAAAAAGAACAUGACCCUCAGUAG